CGUCUUAAAACCAAGAAACCUGUGAACAGGUUUAUUAAGAAUCUGCUAUCUUGAAAAAUGCAUUUUAUGAAAGCUUUGAAUUAAGAAGGUGUUAACAGUGGUCUGUCGUUUCUGCCACUUAAGAGACUGUAAUCUGAAACAGUCCCCUGGCAGUUGCCCAGAUGUCUGAAACUAGCAAGAACUAGUACUUUUGAGUGAUCAUCCUUCAUCAAGAAACACAGAGCUAUCCACAUCCUGUAUAAAUCUAAUCUCUCUGAUGACAUUAGUAUAAUGGACAGCUUUUCUGCCUCUAAUUUUCAGAUACAGAAUUAACACUUGAAAUUUGGAGAAGUUUAUACAAACUGUGAUAGGGCUUUCUCUUUCGUUUUCCAGAUGUAUUGUCUCAUCUGUAUACUUGAAACAUCUACAAUCACAUAAGCUCCAGAUGUGACUAUGGAGUUACGUGACCUCUCAAGAUAUAGGGGAAAUAGUGGCUGAGCGUUGGAACUGGGCCUUUUCCCAUCCGUUCUACAAUUAAACUGAUACGUUUUCUGCCAAUCAAGAAUAAGGAGCCAAGUGAUGCACAGUCUAUUGUCAGAUGGACUCUGUGGCUGUUGAAUUUUACUGUGACUGGUUAUUUUGUCAUUCAAAGUCAGUUUAAUGCAACUUAGGUCCUAAUGGAUGUAAAGACCUGUGUUGACAUUUCCUGAUUCUAGCUCAUGUUGAAGAUAAAAAGCCUAUUAUGACUAAUCCUUGGGAAGAGAAAGUCUGCAAGAUGGCUCAAACGAGUUUAUUGCAAGGGAAGCAGUUUUACUGUAGGGAGUGGGUUUUCCACAAGCUUCAGCAUUGCCUCCAGGAGAAAACCAACAGCUGCAAUAGUGCUGUCAACACACCAUCCCUUGUCAUGAAUUCUGGGAAUAAUGCUAGUGCUGUCUCUGGAAAAGGAGCUGCCUGGGGGGUGUUGUUGGUGGGAGGGCCUGGCAGUGGCAAGACAGCCCUGUGUACUGAGCUCUUAUGGCCAAGUUCACCUACAAGCGUGCAGAGAGGUUUACACCGGCAGGCUUUGGCCUUUCAUUUUUGCAAAGCCCAGGACUCUGAUACUUUGUGUGUUGGAGGGUUUAUCAGAAGUCUUGUUGCCCAGAUCUGCCGCAGUGGACUUCUCCAAGGAUAUGAGGACAAGCUAAGGGACCCGGCAGUCCAGAGCCUCUUACAGCCUGGGGAAUGUGAAAGGAACCCAGCUGAAGCAUUUAAAAGGUGCGUUCUGCUCCCCCUUUUGGGAAUGAAGCCCCCCCAGCAGAGCCUCUACCUGCUCGUUGACUCUGUGGAUGAAGGGUGUAACGUAAGUGAAGGGGAACAGACGUCGACCAGCCUGUCUGGGACCGUUGCAGAGCUAUUAGCUGGUCACCAUGAGUUCUUCCCGCCAUGGCUGUUGCUUCUCUGCUCUGCCCGCAAACAGAGUAAGGCUGUUACCAAGAUGUUUACUGGUUUUCGAAAAAUAAGCUUAGAUGACCUUCGGAAGGCAUAUAUCGUCAAGGAUGUGCAACAGUACAUUCUUCAUCGUUUAGACCAAGAAGAAGCUUUGCGACAACACCUUACAAAAGAAACUGCAGAGAUGUUAAAUCAACUGCACAUCAAAAGCAGUGGAUGUUUUCUUUACCUAGAACGAGUUCUAGAUGGAGUUGUAGAAAACUUUAUUAUGUUAAGAGAGAUUCGUGACAUCCCAGGAACUCUGAAUGGUCUCUAUCUCUGGCUAUGCCAAAGACUUUUUGUGAGAAAACAGUUUGCAAAGGUUCAGCCUAUUUUGAAUGUGAUUCUUGCAGCCUGCCGACCUUUGACCAUAACGGAAUUGUAUCAUGCUGUAUGGACCAAAAAUAUGUCUCUAACCUUGGAAGACUUCCAACGCAAGUUAGAUGUCCUCUCCAAACUUCUUGUCGAUGGGUUAGGAAAUACGAAAAUACUGUUUCAUUAUAGUUUUGCAGAGUGGCUUCUGGACGUGAAGCACUGUACUCAGAAGUAUUUAUGUAAUGCUGCAGAAGGACACAGGAUGUUGGCGAUGAGUUAUACCUGUCAAGCCAAGAACUUGACACCAUUGGAAGCACAAGAAUUUGCGUUGCACUUAAUCAAUUCCAACCUACAAUUAGAGACGGCCGAGUUGGCUCUGUGGAUGAUAUGGAAUGGUACACCUGUCAGAGACUCUCUGUCUACUUUAAUACCCAAGGAACAAGAAGUGCUACAGCUGUUGGUCAAAGCUGGUGCUCAUGUCAACAGUGAGGAUGACCGCACAUCCUGCAUAGUUCGGCAAGCCUUAGAGAGAGAGGAUUCUAUCCGGACAUUGUUGGACAACGGAGCGUCAGUAAAUCAAUGUGAUUCAAAUGGGAGAACCUUACUGGCCAAUGCUGCAUACAGUGGCAAUCUUGAUGUGGUGAACUUACUUGUGUCUAGGGGGGCAGAUCUGGAGAUAGAAGAUGCCCAUGGCCAUACAGCCCUCACCCUAGCUGCUCGACAAGGACAUACCAAGGUGGUGAAUUGUUUAAUUGGGUGUGGAGCAGAUAUUAAUCACACUGAUCAGGACGGCUGGACAGCAUUAAGAUCUGCUGCGUGGGGCGGCCAUACCGAGGUAGUUUCCGCACUACUUUACGCAGGCGUGAAAGUGGAUUGUGCGGAUGCUGACAGCCGGACGGCUUUGAGAGCCGCGGCAUGGGGAGGACAUGAGGACAUUGUUCUGAAUUUGCUACAACAUGGUGCUGAAGUUAACAAAGCCGAUAAUGAAGGGAGAACUGCUUUGAUCGCAGCGGCGUACAUGGGACACAGAGAGAUUGUGGAACACCUGCUGGACCACGGCGCAGAAGUAAAUCACGAGGACGUUGAUGGCAGGACUGCGCUCUCUGUCGCUGCACUGUGUGUGCCCGCAAGUAAAGGGCAUGCGUCAGUAGUCAGCCUUUUAAUCGACCGAGGUGCUGAAGUGGACCACUGUGACAAAGACGGUAUGACCCCCCUGCUUGUAGCAGCCUAUGAAGGCCAUGUAGACGUGGUGGACUUGCUUCUGGAGGGGGGAGCAGAUGUCGAUCACACAGAUAACAAUGGUCGGACACCCCUCCUCGCAGCAGCUUCGAUGGGCCAUGCUUCAGUCGUGAACACGCUUUUGUUUUGGGGUGCAGCUGUGGAUAGCAUCGAUAGUGAAGGGAGGACGGUCCUCAGCAUCGCGUCAGCCCAGGGGAACGUGGAGGUGGUGCGGACUCUGCUGGAUAGAGGGUUAGAUGAAAAUCACCGGGAUGAUGCUGGCUGGACGCCUUUGCACAUGGCAGCUUUUGAAGGUCACAGAUUAAUAUGCGAAGCGCUCAUCGAACAAGGUGCUAGAACAAACGAGAUCGACAACGAUGGGCGAAUCCCUUUCAUCUUAGCUUCGCAGGAGGGGCAUUAUGACUGUGUUCAGAUAUUACUGGAGAACAAAUCCAACAUCGAUCAGAGAGGCUACGAUGGGAGAAACGCGCUGCGGGUCGCUGCCUUAGAAGGGCACAGGGACAUUGUUGAACUGCUGUUCAGCCACGGAGCUGAUGUUAACUACAAAGAUGCCGAUGGCAGGCCCACGCUUUAUAUCUUGGCCUUAGAAAACCAGCUCACCAUGGCCGAAUAUUUUCUAGAAAAUGGUGCAAACGUCGAAGCAAGCGAUGCUGAAGGAAGAACGGCACUUCACGUUUCCUGCUGGCAGGGCCACAUGGAGAUGGUGCAGGUCCUGAUCGCCUACCACGCCGACGUCAAUGCGGCGGACAAUGAAAAGCGCUCGGCCUUGCAGUCUGCAGCCUGGCAGGGCCACGUGAAGGUGGUCCAGCUCCUCAUUGAGCACAGUGCCGUGGUCGACCACACCUGUAACCAGGGCGCCACUGCACUCUGCAUCGCGGCCCAGGAGGGACACAUCGACGUCGUCCAGGUUCUGUUAGAGCAUGGUGCUGACCCAAACCAUGCAGACCAGUUUGGACGCACUGCUAUGCGCGUGGCAGCCAAAAAUGGACAUUCUCAGAUAAUUAAGUUAUUGGAGAAAUACGGUGCAUCUAGCCUGAAUGGCUGCUCUCCAUCCCCUGUUCACACCAUGGAGCAGAAACCUCUGCAGUCGGUGUCUUCCAAAAUGCAGUCGCUAACCAUUAAGUCGAACAGCUCUGGUAGUACUGGUGCAGGGGACAUGCAGCCUUCACUGCGCGGGUUGCCCAACGGGCCAGCUCACGCAUUCAGUUCUCCUUCCGAAUCUCCAGAUUCUACAGUGGAUCGGCAGAAGUCAUCGCUGUCAAAUAAUUCCCUGAAAAGCUCAAAAAAUUCGUCUUUGAGAACAACGUCGUCCACAGCCACGGCUCAGACAGUGCCCAUCGACAGCUUUCACAGUUUGUCGUUUACAGAGCAAAUUCAGCAGCACUCGUUGCCACGCAGCAGAAGCCGACAGUCGAUUGUUUCCCCGUCCUCCACCACACAGUCCUUGGGCCAGAGUCACAACUCACCCAGCAGUGAGUUUGAGUGGAGUCAGGUGAAGCCCAGUCUGAAGUCGACUAAAGCAAAUAAAGGGAAAUCAGAAAACUCCAACAAAUCGGGGUCCGCUGGGAAAAAAGCUAAACAGAGUAACUCUUCCCAGCCCAAGGUUUUAGAAUACGAGAUGACUCAGUUUGAUAAAAGAGGACCUACGGCCACAUCCGGGAUGGGCGCACCCCCUAAGCAAACCCCGGCAGACUCUCAGUGCAAAAUUGUGAUCCCUGCAGCGCAGCAGGAAAUCGGCCGAUCUCAACAGCAGUUUCUGAUUCACCAACAAAGUGGGGAACAGAAGAAGAGAAAUGGAAUAAUGACAAAUCCAAAUUACCAUCUGCAGAGCAACCAGGUGUUCCUCGGCAGAGUUUCAGUCCCCCGAACAAUACAAGACAGAGGGCAUCAGGAAGUGUUAGAGGGCUACCCUUCCUCAGAGACAGAAUUAAGCCUUAAACAAGCCCUGAAGCUUCAGAUCGAGGGUUCGGAUCCUAGCUUCAACUACAAAAAGGAAACACCCUUAUAAAAGUUUCCUAUUCUGUGAAACAGAAGACAUUGUGAUUGGAGCGGUUCUUCAGCUACUGGAUGAAAAUAUAAAAUGCCUGUUCAUUUGCUGAAAACAAACAUAAAAUGAAGAAUGUGAUAUCUGCAGUACAGUUACCUUAAUUACUGUAAUGUGCCUAAAUAGUAAGGCUGCCUUCUCAGUGUAACCCUCUGUGCUUAAAUUGUUUUCAUUUUGUGUGCUUUGUAUUCACUACACAAGAAUAAGCACUUUUUAAAAAAUGCAGGCAUAUACUGCAGUUCCCUGAUAAAAGCUGAAAAAAAUUUUGAGUAUUUUAAGAUUUGAUAAAUGUGCAUGUGCCAUGGUCAAAUAUAUACGAAAAGGCAGUGUUCCUUGUAUUUAUUUUUUUUUUCUUUUUGUGGCAAAAGAAAUUUAAGCAUACUGUGUCACAUUUACAUCGUAGCGUAUGGCCUGUUUCUUGUAUCUUAAACAAUGUUAAAUAAAUGUUGUAACUGUUCUAUGUUCUCUAUACCUUCAGCAUUGGAAAAAAAAAUGAGUUUCUACAUAAAUGCCACAUUGAAGUGAAAAAAUGGUUUCUUGGCAGAUUUUUUUCUUUUUAACUAAUUUCUAGUAGUUUAGGGAGCUGCUCUGAGUAGUUUAAAUCUGGGUUUUCCCAGUAGAGUCCUCCUCAUCUCUGACUAAAUGUGUCAGACAGACAACCAACCAGGCUGUAGGCAGAACAACGUUCAGUUUCAUUCACUGGAAUGCAAUUUCACCUUCCACUCACUUGUCAUUCCACCUCCAAGACUGUGGACUAUCAUUCCUGAGGCUUGUAAAUUCUCAGGGACAGAGCCAUGCCUCAGUCACAUGUGCAAAGGGAGAUGCACCUGUCUAAAAGUAAAUUUUCUUUUUUUUUUUUUUUAAGAGAGUUUUUUUUGUUGU